CUACAUUUAUUCUUGCAAACCAUAGACUAGUAAUCCAGAUUGUGAUCCGGAUUGCAAACUGUGAAGUUGUGUUUUGCUACGAAUAUUCAUAGUUAAAAAUUUAAUAAAAAUCAAGUCUAUGUUGCUUCAAACAAAUUAGAUGGCAUCUUCUCGUAUACAGGCGACGGCUCGCCACUUGUCUAAGACGUUUAAGAAGAAGACUAGAUUUGAAAUCGGCAUAGCAACUGAACUUCCUCCUGCCUAUAAGAAAUUCUGGCGUGAAUGGAAGGUAUUGAAACCUGCAGCAGUUCAUUUCAUACCCCAGGAGAGCAAGUGGAAACGUGACGAGCUGACUGGCGAAACACUGCCAGUGCAAAAUGUACCAUUACCCCUGAAAUAUCCUGGUGAAAUACACGAAGGACUAUGGGGUGGGGAAGCUGUGUUAAAAGGUUUUCAAAAAAGGGACCCUCGUCGACGCAGAGUCCCACAUUACUGGGUGCCUGUCCUCAAGAGGACUGUUGUGAAAUCUGAAGUCCUUAACACUCACCUAUCUGUUACUGUAACGGAUAGAACAAUUAAACUAAUCAAUGACCACUAUGGGUUCGACCACUACUUGCUCAAGACACCAGCUUGUGACUUAGUAUCAAUGCUAGCCUUAAAACUGAAACGACAGAUACUAGCUGAACUGAUGAACGGAUGCCCGAGAUAUGAGCAUGAUCCUGCCAAACAGAUGGCGGUGUACGAGGAAUAUAAAACAUACUUGACCUCUUACACACCAGAAGAAAUUGAGUGGUAUGGGCUAACAUGGUAUGAAGCCCUUAGCAAAGUAGCCAAGAUGAAGGAGGCUGCCAACAAACCUGUUCCUUUAAAAAAUAUCUAUAGAAAAAACCUAGUCGAAAAAUUGAAAGCAGCUGAAACAGAGAGUGAUAAGAGCUCUCCUGAUGAUAUAUCUACAACAACAUCUUGGCUGUCAAAGAUGAAUCCAUUUGGCAAGAAAGACGAAGCUUAGCGUGUUGAGUAGGAAUAUUUUAUUUUAAAUUGUUGUGUUAUACACAAAAUGUAUCUUUGAAAUAAAUAGAAAUAUAGAUAUUGCUGCCUACCUA